GCACCCUUUGCCCAACCUGUGUCCACGACGCCCCCCGCCCACAUGUUUGGCGCAUCGUGGGCUCCUUGGUGCUCAAGCGCCUGUCGGGGGACGUCGACUUGGAUCGCGGGCCGUGUUCAUCUUGAGAUAUGACGCAGACGUUGGAGCGCCGCGGAAGCCGUGCUUGGAGGCUGUCGCCAGCGGCAGACUCCGCCCAGGACGCGGAGCAACACCGGCGGCAGCGCGCCUGGCGGCAGAGGAACUGGGUGCCGGCGACCAGCGAUGAGAUCAGCGAUCCAGAGGCAUUCUUCAAGCUCUUCUGCAGCAGCUGCAACUGCUUUCUCUCAGACAAGGGCCUGAUGAUGCAGAUGCUUGCCAACGAGUCCAGCAUUUGCUUCGCCACAGAGAAGCAGCCCCAAGACAUCGUGCUGCAGGAUGAGGCGGGCAAGACUCCCGGCGUGUGCGACUGCAAGGUGCGUGACAUGGCCUGCGGCUGCGGGGCGCGCCUGGGGUAUCACCUUCUCUCUGCCUGCGAGGUGUGCGAGGAGUCGGGCACGAGGCAGCGCUGGUUCCUUUGCCCUCGCUGUGUGGAGGCGGAGCCGGCGGAGCCUGUGGAUCUUGAGGCCACGGAGCCAGUGGCAGCGCCGCCGCCGGCCCUUGCCACACCGCGCUUCGCGGCAGACAGCCCGCCGCAGUUUGGUGAAGCAGCGAUAGCCGCGGUUCCGCUUCCGCGGAUUCUGGCCGAACGAGACCAGCAAGCAGAGGAACCUGCGGAUCGCAGCGAGGCGGAGCUGGCCAAACGGGAGGCGGAGCUGACGCGCCGCGAGCGGCUGGUGACACAAAAGGAGGAGGAGCUCAAGACUUUGGAGUCGCAACUGCAGGCCCAAGCAUCACAGGCGCAGGUGCAGCAGGGCGUGCCUACCCCUUGCAAGCCUGUGGUGAGCCGCCGAGCUGAGCGGCCCCAGGCGCCCACGCCAGCGCUUCAGACGCAGAUGACGCCGCAGUUGACGACCCAAAUGACGCCUCAGGUUUCGCAGACGCCGCAUACGCAGACAAUUCCACAGAUGACUCCACCGCAGAUGUCGCAGAUGACACAGAUGACGCAUCAGGAGACACCCAAGCAGCCGGCCACGGAGGCGGACCUGCGGAAGUGGCAGGCGGUGCAGCGUGAGGCGGCAGAGGCGCAACAGCGGGUGCAGGCCGCAGAGGAGGCAACGUUCGAAGACACCAAGGAGCCACAGGGACGCCUGGACUUCGCUCAGCGCUUGGCGGAGAAGCGCCGCGAGCUGAGCCGCUGGCAGCGGAGCCUCGAGGAGAAGAGCGCGGCACUGGAGGAAAUGGAGCAGAAGUUGGGCUUCUCGGCGAUGUCUUCACGCAGCGGCCUCCGCGACGUCGCGGCCUUCGCCGCAGCCUCCGCGGAGCACUUCGACGCGGCGCAGCUCGCCGCGGCCCUGGGCCGCGGCGCCGUGGUCGGCGCCUUCGGCGCGGCGCGGCUGCUGGCGGCGGCGGCGCGGCCGGUGCUGGGGGCCACCAAGGUGGCGGCAAAUGCCGCAGUGGCCUUUGCGGUGAGCGGCUACACCGCAGCGGUGGAGCGGUCCACUCAGGAGGCGCAGGACCGCGCCCUGCAAGAUGCCACCUCCCUGCGCCGCGCCCGCUACUACGCGGCGGCCGCCGCCUCGCCACAGGUCCGCGACGGCUGUGGGGUGCCGCCGGCUCCGCGCCGCGAGUUCUUGGAGAGCCCCGGGCUCAGCACUCGGGGCGCCGUGGGCUUCGAUCGGAGCUCCCCGUGGCCUUCGCCCAUCUACCCCGUGUCCCCCAUGCCGACGCAUGGCGUGCAUGGAGCGCACGGCGCGGCUGGGCUGGCGCCGGUCAUGGAGCGCGAGGGCUUGGUGGGUUGGCUCCGCCGCACCAGCGGCUGCCACCGCCGGAGCUCCGCGUACGGCGCCCACGGGAGCCGCUUCCGCUGAGUGCGGUCCGAGCCCCUCCAAACCGGCGCGCGAUUAAGGUUGUCUCAGUCCCUGAGCUUGGAUAGGGGUGUGCA